AUGGCUUUGGAAGGUUUUCCGCGAAAAUGUCGCGGAGAAGAGCAAUUUUGCCCGCAGGAAAAGGGGCCUCUUGACGGAACGAUUGCCGAUUUUUGGUUGAUGAUGCUUCAAGAGGAAUCUGAUACAAUCGUCAUGUUAUGUGAUUUCGUCGACAACGAGGGUUACACAAAAUGUGCUCAGUAUUUUCCAAGAAAAAAAAACCAGACAAUGAGGAUCACUGAAAAGCUUGAAAUCACAAAUGUUGAGACUCAUCAUCAAAUAAUCGACGAAAUGUCAUGGCUAAAAAUCCGACACUUUAUGUGGGAAGGUUGGCGAGAAGGAGAAGUUCCGAGCUGUUUGCGGACUCCAAUCGAACUACUCUCCCAAAUUCGCGGUUCACAAAAACCGAUCGUGAUGCAUUGUGGUGGUGGGACGGGAAGAACGUCGAUUUUGGUGGCUAUCGAGUAUUUACUUGAAUGCAGCAACCUGAAAAGAGGAAUCCCUACAAUGUGCGAUCUAAUGAAAAAACUUCGAUCAUACCGGCUGUGGUCGAUUCUCUUCGAUUUGCAAUAUCUCUACAUUCAUCGCGUCAUCUUCGAUCACUUUCUUGACAGACAAAGAGCAAAAUUUGAGGUCUUUCACCAAGAAAAAAAUCGAGCAAAAUAUGAAAAAUUCGUCAAGGAUUACAAGGGUCCAUUGCAAGGAUUU